AUGACCGAGAAGCAGCGAAUUAUUGAUGCUAUCAUAUGUGUCGUUUUAAUGCUGCUGGGCUUCUUUCUCGGACAAAAAGUGGGAAGCUGGAUUGGACACGAAAGGACGAGGCUUCCUGAAGACGAUCUAAUGACCGGAAAUCCAACAGAGCCUGAAUACCUCUACAACAAAAUCAAAGUGUUCUGCUGGGUUGCAACCCAUCCAGUAAAUCAUGAAACGAAAGCUCGAGCGGUCAUGGAAACAUGGGGUCCAUCGUGCCAUCGAAUCCUGUUUGUCUCCAAUGAAACGGAUGAGAACUUGCCAAUUUUGGUUGUAAAGGCGAACGAGACUCGAAAGGAGCUAUGGUUGAAAAGCAGCGAAGCAUUCAAAUGGAUAUAUAAUAAUGUUUUGGAUGAUUACGACUGGUUUCUCAAAGCUGACGACGACACGUACGUGCAUAUGGAUAACCUUCGAGCGUUAUUAGCGAGCUAUUCACCAUACGAUGCUUUUUCAAUUGGCCAUCAGUUCAAGAAUGGGAGUGAUUUUGCAACAUAUCACAGCGGUGGUGCUGGCUACGUUCUCAGCAGGGAAGCGGUGAGAAGGCUAGUAAGCAAAGGAUUUUCCAAGCUUAGCAGUUGUGACAAGCACAAAGCACAUGAGGAUAUGUUUAUCGGGCAUUGCCUGAGUGAGCUCAACGUCACCGUAGUUGAUGGUUGUGAUGAGAACGGUGCAUACAGAUUUCAUACACUUGGUGUAAACGAUUUUCUCUUGAAUAGAGCCCCAGACUGGAUGUUUAUAAAAUCUAGGACAAGUGUCAAAAAAUCUUUUGCGUGUUGUUCACCACAUUUCAUUUCGAUGCACUAUGUGAAACCAAAAUCGCAGUACCUAGUCGAUUUUCUCGCACAUCGUCUUAAGCCCUAUGGAGUCCAAUUUUGA